AGCCCAAUUGGUUUUUAUAAAGAAAAUCCCAAUUUUGUAAAAGAUUUAGGCCGCAAAUUCCAAAAAUGGUAGUCACCUGUUGAAUCUGAUUUCCUCCAUGUCCAGUGUUGACAACUAUUUCCCAAUCUUGAAAACCCCAAAACAUAAAAAAGCAAAGCCCAUUUUCAAUCCGUUACAGACUAACGAACGCCGGCACGAUGGCAUAGCACCUCAAAAAAUGGCAGCUAACUUCUUCAGACAUGCCCUUUGUUUUGCCAUGCCAAUGCUAUAACAUCCAAAUUCCUGCUGGGGUCGAUAUCUUUUCUGGGUUUUGAUUAACGAAAAUGGAAACUGGUAGCGUACGAAUGAGAUCAGAUCAUUUAGAGAAAGAAGGAUCUAAGGAAACCCAUGAAGAAAGUUUUGAGCUAGAAUCAUCCUAUGAUGUUAGUGAUGAUAACCACCAAUUCCAUUCGAUGAAUGCAUUAGAGAUCUUAAGAGAAACUGUUAGGAUUUUACGGUACAAUUCGUCCAGUUUUUUUAUCAUUGCAGUUUUGUUAAUUUGCCCUGUAUCUUUGGUCUUUAUGUCUAAUUUGUUAGUUGAUCAUUCCAUUGUGAAGAGAUUAACUGUUAGGCUUUUGUUAGUUGCCAAAACCUGUGGACUCCCAUUGAAGCCUUUCAUCAAACAGUCGUCACAAAGGUUCGCCGAGUCGGCUGUUUCCUCCGCAAUGUGCUUCCCUUUGUUCAUCACAUUGUCUUUGUUAUCCAAGGCUGCGGUGGUUUAUUGUGUAGAUUGUACUUACUCGAGGAAACCGGCCGAUGCUUCAAAGUUUUUCACGAUAAUCCUAAAGUUUUGGAGGCGGCUCGUUUGCACAUAUGUGUGGAUGUGUAUGGUUAUUGUUGCUUGUGUGACCACUUUCUUUGUUUUCCUUGUUGUGGCAUGUAGCUUGCUUUCUGUUGUUGGCUUUGCACCUGACUUGAUUGUGUAUGCGGUGAUAAUGAUGGGGCUAGUGUUCUCGGUUGUCUUCGCGUAUGCCAUUGUUGUUUGCAAUAUCGGGAUUGUAAUCUGCGUGUUGGAGGAAGUUUCAGGACCGCAGGCAAUGCUUCGGGCCGGUGUUCUUAUUAAGGGGCAGACUCAAGUUGGUCUCUUGAUAUUUCUUGGAUCUACAAUUGGUUUAGCAUUUGUGGAAGGGUUGUUUGAACAUAGAGUAAAAGUAUUAAGUUAUGCAGAUGGGUCUUCUAGGAUCUGGGAAGGGCCUCUGUUGGUAAUAAUGUAUUCGUUUGUGGUGCUCAUGGAUUCCAUGAUGAGUACGGUUUUCUAUUUCAGUUGCAGAUCGUACACUAUGGAAGCCUCGGAUGGUGAAUGUCAAUCAAUAUUGGAUACACCAUAACCACCUUUGCCAAAUUGUUUUGUGUUGAUGACCAUUGCUAUGUCCAUUGUUAUGCUAUCAGCUAAUAUUUAUCGAGUUCUAACAAGAAAAUAGCAUUACUUGGGAAUACUGGUGAAGAUGAAUUUGUUGUUGUUUCAUCAAAAACUCGAGCAAGAUGGGUUUUAGCAGUUCAUACUAUGCUGAAGAUGAUUCUCCAACUCUUCCAUAGACAUACAUGGUUCAGGUGCAUAAAAUUUCUUGUGAUCUACUACAAGCCAUGGAAUAAAAACAAAGGUAAUACAAUAAUUUGAUUGAAUAUAAGCUGCAUAGAACUAUUCAUCAAUUAUCCAAAGGGUUCCAUAUCAAAUUGUUGGACCUUUUCAUGUUCCUUUUUUUUUUUUACUAUCCUUGUACUUGCAUUUAUAUUCUUGUUCGACUUGCUUAAUAAAUAGUAAAUUGUAGAGCUUGGAGUACUGAUUAAUCAGACGAUAGAUAUUGAGAAUGUUCCGGGAAA